CCUGCUGCCCCCUGUCUCCACCGAGGGGCCGGGAGCCCUCUGACCUCCCCUCUCCACAGUGAGGUGCAGUAUGUAGUGCUCCAGAAUGUGGCUACCAUGUCCAUCAAACGCCGGGGUAUGUUUGAGCCCUACCUGAAGAGCUUCUACAUCAGGUCCACUGACCCCACCCAGAUCAAGAUCCUGAAGCUGGAAGUGCUGACCAACCUGGCCAAUGAGACCAACAUUCCCACCGUCCUGCGGGAAUUCCAGACCUACAUCCGCAGCAUGGACAAAGACUUUGUGGCAGCCACGAUCCAGGCCAUUGGACGCUGUGCAACGAACAUAGGCCGAGUCCGUGACACCUGCCUGAAUGGCCUGGUGCAGCUUCUGUCCAACCGUGAUGAGCUUGUGGUUGCAGAGUCAGUGGUGGUUAUUAAGAAGCUGCUACAGAUGCAGCCGGCACAGCACGGAGAGAUCAUCAAACAUUUGGCGAAGCUCACAGACAACAUCCAGGUGCCCAUGGCCCGAGCCAGUAUUCUUUGGCUCAUUGGGGAGUACUGUGAGCAUGUCCCUAGGAUUGCCCCUGACGUGUUGAGAAAAAUGGCCAAGUCAUUCACAGCAGAGGAGGAUAUCGUCAAGCUGCAAACCAUCAACCUGGCAGCCAAGCUCUACCUGACCAACUCUAAACAGACCAAGCUGCUAACCCAGUAUGUGCUGAGUCUAGCCAAGUACGAUCAGAACUAUGAUAUCCGUGAUAGAGCGCGUUUCACCCGCCAGCUCAUCGUCCCUUCAGAGCAGGGUGGGGCUCUCAGCCGGCAUGCUAAGAAGCUCUUCCUGGCACCCAAGCCAGCCCCAGUUUUGGAGUCGUCCUUCAAAGAUCGGGACCACUUCCAGCUGGGGUCACUGUCCCACUUGCUCAAUGCCAAGGCCACAGGCUACCAGGAGCUCCCAGACUGGCCAGACGAAGCCCCAGACCCAUCUGUGCGCAACGUGGAGGUACCUGAAUGGACCAAGUGCUCGAAUCGGGAGAAGAGGAAGGAGAAGGAAAAGCCCUUCUACUCAGACUCUGAGGGGGAGUCGGGCCCCACAGAGUCUGCAGACAGUGAGCCUGAGUCUGAGAGUGAGUCAGACAGCAAGAGCAGCAGUGAGAGUGGCUCUGGGGAGUCCAGCAGUGAGUCUGACAACGAAGACCAGGAUGAGGAUGAGGAGAAAGGGAGAGGGAGCGAAAGCGAACAGAGUGAGGAGGAAGGAGAGAAGAAGACCAAGAAGAGGAAGGCUGUGCCAGAGGGACAUGGAGAAGGCUCGUCUUCAGAUGAGGACAGCAAUUCCAGCAGCAGCUCAUCAGACUCUGCAAUGACAUCAGAGUCCGAAGAGGAGCAAGUGGCCUCAGCCUCCUGGAGGAAGAAAGUGCCUCCCAGCAGCAAGAGUACCCCUGCAGCCAAGGAGAUCUCCCUGCUUGACCUCGAGGACUUCACCCCUUCCAGUGUCCAGCCUGUGUCUCCUCCCAUGGUCAUGUCCACCAGUCUGGCUGCUGAUCUGGAGGGCCUGACACUCACAGACUCCUCUCUGGUACCCUCGCUACUGAGUCCAGUGUCCUGUGUGGGGAAGCAGGAGCUGCUGCACCGGGUAGCUGGCGAGGGGCUGGCUGUGGAUUAUGCCUUUAGCCGCCAACCUUUCUCUGGGGAUCCCCACAUGGUGUCUGUGCACAUCUACUUCUCCAACAGCUCUGAGACGCCUAUCAAGGAGCUGCACAUGGGCACCCCUAAACUGCCAGCUGGCAUCAGCAUCCACGAAUUUCCCAAAAUUGAGUCACUGGCUCCAGGAGAAUCUGCCACAGCUGUCAUGGGCAUUAAUUUCUGUGACUCAACCCAAGCAGCCAACUUCCAGCUAUGCACCCAAACCCGACAGUUCUACGUUUCCAUUCAGCCACCUGUUGGAGAACUGGUGGCCCCUGUGUUCAUGAGUGAGAAUGAGUUCAAGAAGGAGCAGGGAAAGCUGACAGGCAUGAACGAGAUCACAGAGAAGCUCACACUGCCAGAGACCUGUCGGAGUGACCACAUCGUGGUGCAGAAAGUGACUACCACUGCCAACCUGGGUCGUGUCCCCUGUGGGACAUCUGAUGAGUAUAGGUUUGCAGGGCGGACACUGACCAGCGGGAGCCUAGUCCUACUGACUCUGGAUGCUCGGGCAGCUGGAGCUGCCCAGCUGACUGUCAACAGCGAGAAGAUGGUGAUUGGCACCAUGUUGGUGAAGGAUGUGAUCCAGGCUCUGACCCAAUGACUCCCAAACACUGACUCUGUGGCCUCCUUGGUCCUCACCUGUCCCGCCCCCAUGACAUCUGGUAUGUCCGUCUGCCUCUGUUUCUCUCCUAUCAGACUCCUCAUGUCAGACAGCAUUCAUGGCAGGGGAGUCCUCUCUCCCUCUUUAGUCUUUCCUAACCUUUCCCCAACCCCUUUAUGGGCUCCUUAGUGACCUGUGUAGAGGGACAGAACUGCCGUGUCCUUUUCCCUCCCUGCUUUCUGUAGCUAUUUAUGUAGCAGUCUCAAUAAAAUAUCUUCUCCCU